AUGUGGCCCAUACUAGCUAUAAAUGUGGCCUGUGUUUUUUUAUUAAACAAAAGCUGGAUCAAAGCAGAAUCAUAUCGAUAUUCAACAAUUAUGGAACAAUCUGGUGUAUUAAGCUCAAACAUUGAGGGUGAGGUAAAAGAAAGUAAACACGGCACACAUGAACAUCCUAAACGUAUCGGCAAACCGACAGUCACCCUAAGGAAAGAGUUAGGUAUUGUCAGUGGUGUUGGACUGAUAUUUGGAAAUGUCAUUGGUUCAGGAAUCUUCAUUACUACAAGCAGUAUCCUGGGUUAUACCCAAUCAUUUGGGCUGACCCUGAUAGCAUGGGUAGUGGGGGGACUGAUAGCUUUGAUUGGAAGCCUGUGCUACUGCGAGCUUGGUACAAUGAUUCAGAAGUCUGGAAGUGAGUAUGCGUACAUACUGGAGGCCUAUUCAUUUAGGCGAAAGAAUAAAUAUUUGAGGACUGUUGGUGAAAUGCUAGCGUUUACAAAUGUGUGGUAUGAUUUUCUGGUUGGAAAUCCUGCUUCUUUGGCAAUACCGUUGCUGACGUUUGGAAACUAUCUCUGCCGUCCAUUUUUCAUUGGAUGCCCUGAACUUCCAGUUUUACCAGUGAAGCUAAUUGCUCUGGCAGCUCUCAUUAUGUCAACACUGGUGAACAUCUACAGUGUGAAGUGGGCCAAUAGAGUGUCUAACUGGCUCUCUUUUCUCAAGUUUAUCUCUCUGGCUUUUAUUGUUGUGUUAGGAAUCUAUCACAUUAUUGCCAACAGAUGCUUCUCUUCUGAUGCCAGCUCACCAUUUAAUGGAGCAACUAAAGACAUAAGCAGCAUUGCCCUUGCUCUAUAUGGUGUCAUGUAUGCUUACGAUGGAUGGGAUGCUUUGAAUAUGAUGCAAGAAGAAGUAAAAGACAUUGAAAGAGUACUACCGCGUGCAAUUCUUAUUGCUAUCCCACUGGUAGUUCUCUCAUAUGUUGCUGUUAAUGUGGCAUUCUUUGCUGUGCUCAGCUAUGAGGAAAUUGAGAGUUCAGAAGCUGUUGGAUUGGUGUUUGCAAAUGCAGUAAUUGGAAAUGCAGGAUUGAUAAUCGUUCCUUUCAUGGUUGCUUUAGCUACCUUCAGUUCUGCACAUGUGUCUCUCUUGUCUCAAUCUAGGAAGCUGUUUGUAUCUUCAAGAGAUGGAAUAAUGCCAGAAUGUCUAGCUGGAGUUCAUAUUACUCAUCGGACACCUAUUCCAGCAGUUUUGUGUGUGAGCAUCUUCUCAGCUAUACUAAUUUGCAUCGGAACCAUCGACCAGAUCAUUAAUGCAUUCGUUGCAACGGUUUGGUUUUUUUAUGGUCUGGCCAUUGUUGGAAUAUUUAUAAUGAGGCUUACAGAGCCAGAGAGAAAUCGACCUUUUAAGGUAUGGUUAAUCCUUCCCAUGUUCAUGGUGUUGGCCAUUGGUUUCUUAGUGGUUAUGCCACUUCUUCAAAAUGCUGUUCCUCAGUUGAUAGCCUUCGGAGCAACUUUCUUGGGAAUUCCAGUGUAUUUCGUUCUAGUAAUGGAAUCACCGUGGAAAAUACGACCGAAGAUAAUGGACAAAUUUUCAGGUUCUUUGACUGUCUUUGUGAACAGUCUGCUUGUAACGAAGUCUUCUCGAGUAAUAAAAAAAACCAUUUGAUAAUUUCAUAUAAUUAUUUUUGGUUGUUGGAUCACACUUUUACCAUGUUUAAAUCAUUAUUUUUUACCAUUAAUUUUUAUGAGUUGA